GUUCAGUAUGACAGUGUUGGAGUCACUGUGGCGGAUCCAUUUAAACAAACCUUCGUAGCUUUGCUGCAUCUUCAAGUUGGACGACAGACUGCAGAUCUAGCGCUAUUUCUUCAACAAAAUCCAGACUAGUGCAGCCGUUGAUCAGUUGUGGAAAACUUGUGGUUGAGGUUACUGUAGUGGAAGGCUUUCUGACAGACUUCGCACUAGUAAAACAUCCGAGAUAUUCCUUGUAUGCGGCAACACUAGACAUCAACACGAAGCCUGCGCAUGCAGAGGUACGUGACAUAAUGAAUUAUUCAUGAGGUUCAGAAGGAGGCUUAGGAUCUGUUCAGGAGGGUUGCACCAUGUCGGAUCGAGAGAGUGGUGACGAGCUGCAACAGCAGCAGGCUCAAGGAGGGGGUGCUGCCCGGAGUAGAACUUACUCUGGUGGGGACAUGGAAGGACCACCUUUUGAUGGAGAAGGUUCUGGAGAGCAGGAGCUGGCUACCCGCACACUGCACAUUCAGUCUAAAAGAUUUUACCUAGAUGUGAAGCAGAACCGCAGGGGCCGUUUUAUCAAAGUGGCAGAGGUAGGUGCUGGUGGGAAGAAAAGUCGCCUCCUUCUCGCCAUGUCAUCUGCUGCAGAGUUCCGUGACUAUCUUACAGAUUUUACAGAGCAUUAUGCGUCUUUAGGGCCAACCAACACAGAAAGCCCACCAGAAGAUGGCAAGCUGAAGAGUGAAACCAUCGUCAAAGAUAACCGCCGCUAUUACCUAGAUCUGAAAGAGAACCAACGAGGGCGCUUCUUACGGGUAACAAUGGUGGUAUGCUCCGAACAGGUGUCACAAACCAUCCCCAGAGGAGGCCCCCGGUCACAGAUUGCCAUCCCGGCUCAAGGCAUGAUUGAGUUCCGCGAUGCCUUAACAGAGCUUCUGGAUGAGUUUGGCACUGACGAUCAAGGUAUGGAUGAACCACAAAAUGAGCUGCCAGAGAGUCGUUCAAUGCGCGUGGAAAAUAAAAUGUUCUACUUUGAUGUUGGAUCAAACCGCAGAGGAGUCUACCUCCGUGUGUCAGAGGUUCGCAACAACUUUCGCACAGCAGUCACCAUUCCAGAGCGGUCCUGGGCACGUUUCCGUGAUGUCUUGUCAGAGUUUGUGGACAAGAGCAGCAUCAAAGAUAGUGAGUAACAGGAGGAGGGGUGUUUGCCGCUGUGAUACUGGCAACAGAAAUUCGUGCCGACAGAGGGAAUGUGCUUGUUGAGGGUGGUCUCUCCUUCUUCCAGGGGGGAACCACUUGGACAUGUCAUUUGUGCUGGGAAUUGUGGGAACCGUCAUCGUCAUUGUCAUCUGUGCUAAAAGCUUCUGGCACCAUCUGAACGCAGCUUGCCCAGGAUACUCUGCACCUCAGUUCUGCCUCUUUGCCGCAGCUGUGCACAUGUCCAGCUGAGCCAAGUCUGACCUCUUGACCUCAGGAGUGUCUUGGCUUGGCUGGAGCAUGACAGCCAUCUCUUUUCCAAGGCCAUGAGGUGCAACAAGUCUGGGCUAAAAGGACUGGGCAAUUCAGUGGAGGCGGGUAUAAACAGCUCAGACUGAUGUAGAUUGUUGCUGAAAAUUUUCUGCAGUAGACAAGAGAAAGUUUUUUUUUUUUUGAAAAAAGACUUACCUGAAAGACUUGAAUGUGGACCACCUAACAACCUCAGACUGCCAGAAAAAAAAUUGUAAUGCUUCAGGAAUGAUAUUUAAGGUAAAUGUCAGAUGUUUGGACAUAGUACAGUUACUAGGUGACAUGAUGCUGCAAAAGACAGGAUGGUGGAUUUGUCUGAGGGUCUUCGGCAAGGCUGUGGUUUGGAAAAUUAGCAUACAGAAGAAACUCUGCAACCAAGAAUUGAGUCUGCAGCACCUGGAUAAAUGGUGCCAUGUCAGGUGUUCUGUGAUGUGUGAACUCUGGUUUAGAAUGCCAGCAAGCAGUUCACUGCUCUCCAAGAUUAACACAUGAAGAGACCAUGCAGAAAGGUUUAUGCUGUGGUCAUUUAAAAAUGCACUCCAGGUAUUUAAAACUUUAGACCAACAACACUCAAGUCAUGACAUAACCAAAAAAAAAGUCUUUUGUUUCUAUUUUCAUCAAUGACCGCUUGUUAAGCGUGUGAAAAGUGGGGGGGAACUGAGGAGAAGUACUAUCCCCCCGGACCUGUCCUGCUAAGCACAUUUCCUUUGUUUGCCAACAGUUGUCUGCUUCUGGUGAGACUGGUGGGUAGAGCAGUCUUGGUUUGCUGUACCCACUGGCCUGCGAGUCAUCACCUGUUUGUUGGGAGCUGCACUGUCAGCCAUUGUGACUUCUGUGUGUGCAUUGGGGGUGGGGGUGGGGGAAAAUAAACUGUGUAUUUGGUCUUGUGGGGUCCUGUUGAGUGGUUGAUAGCUUGCGUGGCUGACUAGGUGGCUAGUUGAUGGGUAGUUUGUUAAACUUGUUUACCUGUGCUGUUUGGAGCACUCCUGUUCUGUUUGUACCUAUCGGUCUGAAGUCCUGCUCCUGACCCGUCCAUAUCACGCAGGCACAGCACAUUUGCUGAGAUGAAAAUGUCAUGCUUCUCAGUCCUCUUAAAAAAAUCUUGCAAUGUCGGGGUGGGUGGGUGGGCACACUACAAAUUCUGCACAAGAUUGCAUAAUCUAGUAGUGUACAUGAAAUCUUUUCGGAUGCAUGCAUACACCCAGAUGUGUGCUGUCCUCUCUUUAACUUGCAGUGUGUAUGCAUGCAGUGUGUGAAGAACACACUUAGAAGAGAGAAAGGAUACAUGUAAAAUGAAGAGUAUAGACCACUUUCUGCCGAAAAGGGAAGUACAUCUCUAAUAAGUCUGUGUGCAUGUCAGUCUAGACAUGCGUGCAUGCAUUUACUUGUUCUCUUAUUCGGACCCUCUUUCCAUUUGCAUACUAUUUCCCUUCCUCUGGAAACGGACAACAUUUGAAAGUUGUAUUAUGAAAGCCUUCCAUCUAAAAAUCGUCAAAGUUUUUGAAGUGGUCGUUUGAUUGAUUUCUUAUUAAAGUUCAGGUGUUCUGCUUAUGAGCACUUGUUGAAGUAAUGUUACAGAAAACUAAAAGUGUUUUCAAGGGCUUAAGCCAGAGUGCCUCAAGAAGAGCAUCUCCAUGCAUGCUCAAACCUCCUAGGAGUCUGUAGAGAAUUUACAAAAAUAGUAAAGUAAAAGAGCAAUGAUUUUUUUUUUUUAAAUGUGAGAAAAUGUUUAAUUGUACAGCUUGACAAUAAACCAUAGGUCUGUCAAAAAUAAGCAGUUUCUGCCAUUUAUUUUCAAAGUUCCACCACUGUCAUAACAGGAUGCCAUUUUUCUUCAGUUGGGGGAAGAGGUGGACUUCCAUUUCUUUUUUUGGCUAGGAAGGGUGGCUGUCACAAAAUACAUGAUACGAUCUCUUUUUUUAUGUAGAUUUGUUCACAUUGACGGCCUUUUCCCUCAUUCUGUUCCAGUAUGCCCCCUCUCCAGCCCCUCUGCCCUCCUCGCCUACUUCCAAGUCUAGAGAGAUGGUACUUGUUAAACUUGUUUCUGUGUGUGUGCUUUUCAGUGUGCAACUGACAUUGUUAAAUGAGAGCUGAUGACAAAGAUUUAGAUGCUUUGUUUCCAUAUGUAUUUUGAGUGCAAUAGAGAUUACUCAUACAACUAUGAGCAUUGUAAGAUGUUAGAUUUACAGUGUAAUUUCACUUGUAUGAUUGUGAAGUCGUUUGGCUGUGCUAGGAGAAGAUUGAUAGUUUUCAUUUCUUGUUAUUUUAAAACCUGUUGCUGUUGUUGAGUUUGUGUACAGGUGCAAGGGGUGUGAUGAGUAACUGUGAUAUUGUUUCCGAUGUACAAAUGUUACUAUUAUAGCUGCAGAGGAAUCAAACAUCCCUCCGCUUCAUAAACAAAUUAAAUGUGGUAUCUGGCCAUGCAUUUUUACCCUGACAGUGCGAGAGGUAGCAGCUGUGCAGGGCUUUAGUGUGGCAGCAAUAGUUUGCGCUGAGACAGUGUUGUGUGGAUUGUCCACUUGUUGCACAAUGUCUCAGGGACGGGUCAAGACCGGGACUUGGCUGUACGUUGCCCAGUUUGUGGUUUGUGAUUGAGUGGGAGUCCAUGUUAUUUCCUCACCAAUGCGUUGUGCAAGUGAGCUUGAAAGACUGUUUUCAUCUAGGGCUGUAUUAUCCCCCUUUAAAGGACUCCCCUAGCCUUGGAUAUCCCCUAUCCCUGUUUUUUCUUGUUACCUAAAGUUGACUACUGCCCUUUCUAAUUUCCCAGAGUUUUGUCUCUAUUUGCUAAGUUAUUUGAUAGCACAGCUGCAUGGAAGAUGUGUAAUAUUUGUUGUAGGCAUGUUUUAUCUGCAGUACACAAGUGCUGUAGUUAAUGUGUAUACUGAGAAAUGUUGAUACCUUGAACUAAGCUGUUAGAAUUUGUUACAGGUCACCUCCUGUUUUCUUCCCCAUAAAACUCCCAUGUCUACUUGGACGAUCUUGGUUAUAUGUUAUUUUUUUGUUUGUUUGUUUUAAAUCCCAUUGUUGUUAAAUUUCUGUACUAUGUGUUAGACUUGUUCUUUGGUGUUAUUACAGAUAUAUGUAUAUUAUGUUGAUUUGGAGUACCAACAAAUCAGCAAUGCAUGGGAAGACACGGCCUGUGUAGUGAUGUUUUAGCAAAAGAUAUCAUUGUGGAUUUGAUUUUAAACUAUUGCAUGUCUGAUUUAUGUGGCUGUGCAUUGUUUUAAAUGAGUAUGAAAAUGUACAAGAUACAGUGUAAGAUUCAUGCACAUGCUUGUGUCAUGUUGUUGUCACCUUAGAGUGCAUUGUGUUGCUAGGUGUUUCUUUCAGUUCUUGAUUUUAGCAGUAGGGCCACAUUCACUUACACCACUUCAAAUGAUGAAUUCAAAGAGAUAACAAUGAAGUUAUCAACAGCAUCAUAACAGAAAAAGACUAUUUUUUUGGUUUCAUGUUUCAAAAAAGUUAAUACUUUAGAGAAACCCGCAUUGUCACCCUGAAUAUGUUUCACAUUAAAGGCUAUAUACAUUAGAUUUGUACCUUUAUUGAAAGUACAUUUAAGAUAACUGGAUCCAAAGCUUUUUUAACUUUAGGAAGCAAGAUGACCUUUUUUUCUUAAUUUAUGAAAACUGUUACAACCAACGAUGUUGGCUGUUGUGAUUUUUAGCAUCUCUGAUAACACUGCUUUUAUGCAUGUCUUGCUGACCCAUUUUACUAGUACAUGUUAUGCUGUAAAUGAAGCCCUAGGAAGAUGAAUUUGUUGAUUCUGAACCCUGAGAUGAGUGAGCUUAGUUUAUUAAAAGAUACAAAUUUCCAAAAUCUUAUUAAAAAACUCUUUUCCAAUCUUUUAAACACUGCAGUUGUCACCUGAGUUUUCCAAAAAAGGCAAGACCUCAUUUUCCUCGACAUCAUUAAUGCAGACUCCUUGGUGGGGCAAUGACUCAGUUAUACAUGCUUGAAGCAUGCAUUGGCUGCAGCCUUCAGUGAUAUCAAAAGCAUGAAUUUAGGUCAAUCCUCAUUUUAAAAAAAUGGAAAAUUCAAUUUUAUAUUUGAUUUGAGAUACAUCUUACAUUUUUCUGUUUUUAUUGGAUAUCUCUAAGCAGACAUAGCAAGCUUGUUGGAUAGCAAACUAUUUUUCUAUAAUCUUAAUGGAGUAAUCUCAGCACAGUUUUAAAAGUCAGAUUGUUAAUCAUGAAUGUGCUGGUGCCAUUAAACAGUUAAAAGCUUUACUUGGAUGAUAUAUUUUGCUUUGCUUUUUUUUUUUUUUUUUUUGUUUGGUUUGGUUGUGUUUUGAAGGGAAGGAGAUGAAUUUUAAUAAAGAAAGAGGUGUUUUCACAAGUAGAAGACUGGACACAUGCUAUUUUUUAUUAUUUAAAUGGGAAUGGGGAGUUGUGAGCUUUGAGAAAACUGGCAUUUGAAAGUGCUUAAGUGAUCAGUAAACAUGCAUAAACAGCACCAGCCCCUUGCUGUGGGCGUCAUGCUGCUCAAGAGCACAAAAGAGCACUAAUUGUUGAAAUGUGGCCCUCCUGCAGAUUCUCUGUGUUCCAGUCAAUAUGAGAGGGCUUGUGAGCAUGUGUGUAUGUUUUUGUUAUAUGGUGCCAUGCUUUAGAGCCAUCUUGUUAUAGGACAGGUAAGAACUAGCUUAAUGUAACCAGUCAUGUCAGUUUGCUUGCAGUAAGUGCAGAGCGUUUGUGACACAAUGUGCAGCUUCUUUAAUUCCCCCACCAGCAUUUCAUUGUUUUUAGGCCAUUUUAUUUCUUUGGGUUUUUAAUUUUUCCAUCUCUGUGUUCUCAUCAGGACCUACUAUAUUUCUGCAGGGUGAUUGUUGUAGACAUUGCAUCUGUAUGUGGCCCUAGUUGUUUGUGAUGAUGCAUGGUAAUUCUUUGCCUUCUACAUCUGGAGAAAGGUGAGUAGAUCCACUCAAGAACUACCAUGACGGGUCCUUCUAGGUCUCACUCGAUGGUUCUGAUCGCAAGGAGAGACGCUAACUUCAAAAUUACUGUUGAGCUUCAAAAACUAACGAAAUGGCUGCUUGUCAGUGUGAUCAGAAGGAGCAGCAAUUCAAGACAGAGAGUGUGGAAUGUGCCCGUGCCAGGGACAGAUAUAGAGGACUGCCAUAAACAAAAUCAGGCUCGAGAAAGAUGCUGUUAAAGCUGUACGGUGUUGAUUAGGGUUUGGCUGUUAUGAAGAAAAAGACUAAAUAGCAGAAUCUUUGGCAUGAACUUGUUCAGUGGAGGCGAGUGGUUUAACUUGCUCAGUUUGACCAACAUCCUUAUCUGGAAGUAAAUCUUGUCAUUUCUCCUGAAGUCACGUGAAGUGGUGAUUCAGUUCUUGGUGGCAACUAUUUGGUUUAAAAACUAGCCAGUGGUGACGAUACACGCAGGCUGAAAAAUGCAGUCCCUGUUGAAACAUUUGAUUAGGUUCUAGAGGUCUCUGAUGGAUGUCAGCAGAGUCAAGACUUAUGCUCUGCUUCUUACUGGCUUCCACUGCCAUAGGAGUAACAGCUUCAGUUGGAGAACAUUGUCACCAUCACAGUCCAUCGCUAUCCUGCAUGUGUGUCCCCCACAAGAGGGUUGCAGUACAUCUGUGCAUGUCUCACUGUGUGUUUCACAGUCCAUCUGUGUUCCAGUGAUGUGAUCAAUGAACCACAUGGCAGUGGUCAACAGACCAUAAUCUGGCAUUAUAUCUAAUCACCUCCAAAUUUCAUCAAUCCAACACAAAAACCAAGACUACUUUUGUUUCCAUAUUAACGCUUAUAACUCAUGUUUUUACCUUGGUUUAGGUAUUUUGACAGCUUUUUUAAAAACAAAUUGUGAAUGUAGCUGUAGAAAUUUCAUUUUAAUAUGGUGAUAAUUUGUGUAGAUGUUAGCUGAAAGGGCUUUGAUGAGAAUCAAAUGAUGUACAGAUGGUCCUGUUAGACACAUGCAAAUGGACAAACAUGCACCAAUGCUUCACAUACAUAGACAGCCUACCUUUUGAGUCUGCCGGUCUUUUUUCCAAAACAAAACAAUUUCGACAAGAGCUUGUAGAAUAGAGUUGUUGUCUCUUGUUAAUGGAGGCAUUCUGCUUUACAUCUUUGAUUCUUGAUACAUGGCUUGAAUUUAGAUGUAUGGCAGGCAGCUCGCAUGGUCUAAAAUAUUUGGGACGUGGAGCUUUUUCAUAGCCAUGUCUUAUUUCCAGAUGCUGAAAUGCUAUUGAAACGGCCACCAGCAUAAUGGGUGUAGUUUUCAAAAGUGCCUACACAAAAACAUUGCUAUUACUUCUCAUUAUGACUCAACAAUAACAGACCAGCCACGUUCCAUCAUGGCCCUUUCACACAAGAUGCUUGAUGUGGAAAAUUUUUCUACAGGGCUCACUGUCAUUUUUUAAAAAUGUUUUCAUAACAAAAUGGCAUAUCACAGCAUUCAUUGAUUUCCAGAUUGAAAAAAACAGAUUUGGCUGAGAUGUUCUAAUUCAUGUUUGGUUUCAUAUAAUUUUUGUUCCCUCUUUAGGCGGCCAUAUUCUCACAUCCUUGGACUCUGGAUGUGAACCAUGAGCAUUGCAUUACCAGAUACAAAUGGUAUUUGCAUUGUUAAGCUGGGUCUGACUAGAGCACCCAUGUGUCACUGCAGUUAAUUCACUCCAGUUUACAAAAACUUUUUUGGAACAGUACAGAAAUUAUGUUCUCUGAACACGUUGUGCAGAAUUAAAUCUAUACUGUUGACAACUGCAA